AAAAGCUUCCGAAAUGUUAACAGAAUAAACAAGCCUAUCGUAGGCUUAACGUAAUUUUCAUAUUUUAACUGCACGGUACUCAGUAGCAAUCGUUAUCGUGGAGCAUUCGUUAUAUGUGUGUGAUUGAAUUUUAAAUUUAAUACAUGGAUACUUUUACUUUCGCUAUGAGAAAGUUUCGAUUGCUUUGCCAGAUAACUCCCAUCGAAAAAUAUAGCAUUUGACAACAGCAUGAACAAGGAGUUGUUAAUAUUAUGAAUAAUGAAUGCCAGAACAAAUUUCACUGACAGUAAUACAGACAGUAGGCCUAAUUCUUCUUGUGCUGCUAAAUUACAGCAUCAAAAGACAGAAACUUGCGGCUCAAGCAAUGUACACACCGCUGAAGAUCAGUCUGACAGCCAAAGCUACAAGAUUGGGACCCAAGUCGGAUCAGUCUCCCAAGUCAGUUAUUCACCGAGAGACUCGACUAGUCUCGCUCAGUCAGAUAUGGCCAUUCCAGCGCCUAUUUAUUUCCUUAUAAGAGAACAUGCAAAGUCUCUAGUCGCCAUUAAGGAGCUGCGAGAACGAAUGAAAGCUACUGAAGAGUUUCAAGGCAGUUUUGCUACAGCAUUUCAAAAUAUCCAACAAAAAAUAGUAUGUGAUCAUGAAUGCAGAAAAGCCCCUAGAAACAGAACAAAGUAUACUAUUAAUGAGAUUGUUCAACAGGUUCCUCCUACCUGUGGCUCUGGACAUUUUAGAAGCAGUAGUCUAAAAUUAGGAAAACCACAUUGUUUUUCUUCUGUGCAUCCUUCUUCAGAUAUUCUAAACAAUGUAUCUGCUGAUUCAAAAGUAAGAUUAACAAUGGAAAGUGACAAUAAGCAAGACAGUGGUUUGGAUUCAGACUGUCGUGACCAUGGUCAAGAUAGUAGUCUAACACUUGUUACUGAUACUUUUAACAUGGUAUGUGCAAAAAGAGAAAAAAGUCAAAGUGACAGUAAUAUGUUAGAGGCAGAUGAUGAACUUACAGCACUUCUGGAUAUUAUUAACCAAAAAGGGCUCAUGCUUAGGAAGCAGCUAGAUAAUUUAAGCGAAGAACAUAAUACAAAAGACAAAGAUUAUUUAAUGAAAUACCAACAUGAUAUGUUAUCCACCCACGAGACGAAAAGAAAUAUAGAAAUGAAAUUGAAACAAGUUGAAAAAGAAAAAAAAUCCUUAUGUGACAAGGUAAUGCAGCUGGAAGUGGCUUGUCAAGAAUUAGAAAGUGAGAGGAAGUGGCUUGAAGAAAGACUUGAAAUUGCAUUAUUGGAAAAACAUCACUUGGAGUUGCGUAUUCAUGGACUAUAUGUUCAGUAUGUUAAAACUGAUUGCAGUGAAACUUACCAAUGCCCAGAUGAUAGGAUUGCAGGAUUGGGAUUCUCAACUAAAAACAGUCAGCCAGAAAAACUGGUGGAAUCAAAAACAGUUCUUACUAAAGCAAACAGUCAGCUUAAAAUACCUUCUAUCCUUAAUGAAACAAACAUUUUGGAACUUCAAAGACAGCUUAUAACUUGUAUAAUGGAAAAUGAAGUUUUACAUGCUAAAGUUCAUCAGUUAGAAGAAAUACAGAAUGAAAGAGGUGAGGGACUUGGGAAAAAGUUCAGGAGUGACAUGAAACAGCUUCAGGAUGAGAAGGAAGAACUCUACAUUACAUUACAAGCAAAUAAGAUAGAACUAGAAACUGUGCAAGCUAAAGUUGUAAUGCUUGAGAAUGCUCUCCAGGCUUUAACUCAAGAAAAUAAAGAACUUAACAAACAGCUUGGUGAAUCUCUGGAACAGUUUACUGCAUAUCCUAGAUAUAAACAACUUUGCAGACCAACAUUGACAUCGCAACUUUCAAAGACAUAUCCUGAAUCACAAAGCCUCCCAGUAUUCUUAGCAGUAGACAACAGGAAUCCUACAUUGAAUUCUAGCCAAAUAUCAGGUAACCAGAAUGUAAAAAAAACAAACUCUUUCUCCAGUUCAACAUUUCUAGAAACUCAACCAGAAGAUGUUAGACAUUAUGAUAUUAUUACUUCAAUGCAGCACAGGUUAUCUUUAAGCAGUCAUCACUCUUUAGAUUCAGGAGCUCAAACUCCACCUCUUUGCACAUCUAACCAUCAUACUACUAUAGCAUUAUCAGAUGUUAACAAUUCUAACUCACCACAGGAUUUUGACACAUUGCUGUGUAGCUCUCCUGUCCAUUACAAGUCCUUUGAAACACAGCCAAUAUUGGAAAAGGAAGGUUUUGUUCAUCAGAACAGAAUUUCAUUUCCUAUUUCUCAGUUCAAAGAUGUUUAUAAUAACCAAACAAUUUCUUUUAACAAUAAUGUUGUAGAAAAUUUGGACCAAAUCAUACAUUCAAAGCAAGUUGAUAGUAUUUGUAGUGAGUUUGAUCCCCUACAUAACAGUACAUUUCAAGGAGACCCCUUGAGACAACAAGAAUUCAUUGACUCUCUAGACCUCUCUAUACCCUUAAAACCAGUGAAGUCAUCCCAGGAAAACAGACGAGAUAUGCCCUUUCCUCGUAGUGCUGCCGCUUAUCUCUGUCAGCAGAGACUAAAUCUAACCAAAGACUGGAAGUUAGACAGUGGAGUUGAAAAGCCAUUUGAGACAAAGCAGAUUGCCUUCCAGAUUGCUGGUGAGAAAAAUUCCAAAAACCUACAACACCAGCUUCAAAGCCUUCUGGAUCGUCUUUCAGCAGCUGCUUCAGAUGAAGCUGUCCUGUGAUAGUUAUUCCCGUGUAUAUAUAUUUGUAUAAUCAGGAGGAGUGAUGAUUUGAAGUAUUCAAGAAAAUAGAAGUUAUCAUCAAGCUUCUAUACAUGUAUAGUGCAGUUAAAGCAGCAAGUUUUAGUUACUAAGAAUAUGAGCUGAUGUAAUCGAGUCUGACAUGGUAAAGCUUGCAAAUGAGCUGUUCAGUUUGGCUGUUGAUGUUUAGGUGAUUACAGGUAUAAAACUAACAGCUGACAUCAGCACCAUUCCUUACUUUGGGUUCAAAGUCUAAUACUAUUUUCUACAAUUUUAUGGGUUGAGGCUAUAGAAAUGAUUAUUAUUAUUUCAUGGAAAAAUUAAACAUUUUAAGGCAUGAACAGAAUUCAUGUAAUUGUGAUUUACUUUCUUCAUGUGAUCAAAAUGUUAAGUGGAAUACUUUUAGAGAUUAUGACAAAUACCAAAAUAACUUGUGCCCAUUUACAGACAAGUAUUGUUAUUUGUUUUGUAAAGUUAACUAUCAUUAGAAAAUAAUGCAACUUACUUUAUUAUUACUUGAUUUAUUUCUCAACAAGACCAGCAUUUCAUGUUUUGUAAUUCAGUAUACUUGUACAAUUUGAAUGUUUGCACUUAUUUUGUUGUUCAACUAACCUUCAAUAAAAAAAAGCCCAAAACUAUAUGUAUGUAAGUAAGUGCUUGUGUAUUAUAAAUUACUUUGUAAAUUGAAUUUUAACUAGUUUUUUGUGUGAAUUCAGUGACAUUGGAGUAAUAAAAGAAAACUUAACUUGCUCAUUGUUACUGUUACAUUAUUAAUAUUUGAAUCCAGAUUGAUUUAUUUUCUGUCCUAUGUUAUGUGAAGUUUACAAAUAGCUGAAGGGAUUAGAGGAAUAAGUGCAUAUUUAAAAAUUUAUGUCUAAAUCGUAGAAGCUCACUUUUAUGUAUUUGAAUGCACAAAUGAAGGUAAAAAGUAUUUGUAACUAAGGACAUGAAGAUGAUAAGUGAUAUAUUUAUACAAGGAUCUAAACAUACUGAAAAUAUGUUAGUUAUAAAUCUUUUUUUCUUACCAUGUAUGAAAUGUUUUUCAUUUUUACAUUGUUUGAAUCUAAUAUUCCCCUGAAACUAUCAUUACAAGAGUAUUUUUCCUACUGUGCCUUUCUCCCUCCAUUUUUUUUAAUAUUUAGCCAUAAAACUUUCUCUAAAUCUUUACCCAAAUUUUUGUUUUUGUUUUCCUUCAACAUAUUGCUUCACCAGGUUUCAAAAGAACUCGUAUCUUAAACACUGUAAUUCUGAUAAAGUACUCUCCCUCUUCUCACAAGAUUAGCUUUUUUCAUUUUGUGUUGCCCUCUAUAUGCAAACUCUUUUCAGAAACUCAUGCCACAAACCUUCAUCCUCCCUCUGUUGGAAUCCAAAGUUCCAACACGUCUCUCAUGCAAAUCAUCAUGCGUCACCUCUACACCAAUAGGAGAGCAAUAAUAUCACAUGACGCAUGUGACUCCCUCCACACGCCACAACCGAACUAUCACUUCUCGUUUGGCAGUUUUCAAGUUCAGAU